CUUUAUAUUAAUGUGUCAAAGUUUGAUCAGUGACUCUUCUGGAGUGGAUUCAUCAACAACCAACAACAGAGCUUUACUAAAGGUCCCAAGGCAGUGAUGGAGAUGACCACUAGAUCUUUUCAUCAAUUCAACACAACCACUGCACCUGUUUACCAGUACGCUGAGUUGAGACAUUCUCUCAACAUUAUGUCUGCCAUUUUUCUCUCCCUGGCCUUUGUCCUCGGUGUGCUCGGGAAUGGAGUUGUUAUCUGGGUGGCUGGGUUCAAGAUGAAGAAAACUGUUAAUGCAGUUUGGUUUCUCAACCUUGCUGUGGCUGACUUCUUCUUUUGUGCAUUUCUUCCCAUUGCCGUGCCAUAUCUGUUACAGUCUCAUUGGCCUUUUGGCCAAGUCAUGUGCAAGCUAACCACCGCUUUACGCUCUCUUAACAUAUCUGUUAGUGUCUGGAUUCUGGUGGUGAUCAGUGUGGACAGGUGUGUGUCUGUGGUGUGGCCGGUCUGGGCUCACAACCACCGAAAUGUACGUAAGGCAUCCUAUGUGAGUCUGUGUGUUUGGAUGGUGAAUCUGAUAUACAGCAUUGGAUUUUUUUUCUUUAUAGAAACAAAGGAAAUGAAUGACACUAAAGCCAAAAUCAUCUGCUUCAACAAGUUUACUCUUCAUGAUGACUUUAAACCAUCAUCUUUCAUUCAGCUGACAUUAGUCAACCGCUUUCUCCUGGGAUUUGCAGUCCCCUUCUCUGUCAUCGUCUCCUGUUAUGCCGUCAUAAUCCAUCGUCUGAGAAGAAGCAGCACUCUGGCAAGGAAAUCAAGUCACACUUUAAAGAUCAUCACUGCCAUAAUCAUUACUUUCUUUCUGUGCUGGGCUCCCAUUCGCAUUAUGGAUCUAAUUCUACUUGAGAAACACAGAUCUACUACUACAAGUGGAACAUUAGUGUAUGUCCUGGCUAUCGGGAUCCCUCUCGCCCGCUGUUUGACUUAUCUCAACAGCUGCCUGAAUCCACUGCUGUAUGUGUUCAUGGGCCAGGAUUUUAAGAAUCAAGUCCACAAAUCUAUCCACAACAUCUUGGAGACUGCCUUCCAGGAAGAAGUUCCUCCAAAUGCAACCACUCAGAACAAAAAGAAGUCAGGGUCUGACACACAGUUGUAAUGUGAUUAAAGAGAUAAAUACAUUGUACUGUACAUAGUGACUUUAACUGUGUCUAACAAAUAAACUUUUCUUUAAAUACAUGGAUCCUCUCAAAUUAUAGAGUUAAUCUCUUUUGAUUUAAUAACAUGAAUUUUAGGAUUGUUGAUCAAAAGCAUUCUCUUUUUUUAAGUAUAUUAUGUAUUAUUACUGUGAUAUUGUACAGCAAGUGAAAUUUUGGGGGGCAUCUGAAACACUUUGGAAUGCUAAAAUAUUUUAGUGUAACUUUUUAACAUUCUUAAUCAAAAGACAAAAUAAUACGAUGCCUAUUACGCACAGUAUUCUACAUAUGUACCUGAAACAAGUGACAAACAUUUGGCAGGAGCAACUAAAUAUAUCCAUCUAUACUACCUGUGAUUGUCUCGGUCCCUGUGUCUUUUGCCCAAGUUUUGAUUUUCACAAUAAUUUUUGUAUUUGUGUUUAUUUAUUAUGGGGUUUGUACUUUUAUUUACAAAUUGUGGAAAUUGAUUGUUUUCUUUCUGGUUGUCUCGGUUUUGUGUUUACGUUUUCUUAGUUUUACUUUUUUUUAGAACCUAGUUUUCUCUGUGUCCAAAGUUUGUUCAUUAAUUUUAAGUUUAUCCUGUCUGUCCUGUUUUCACCUUCCUAAUUUCAGAACUCUGUGUUGUCUCUGUGCUUCUUGUCUUGUGAUUUCCUGUUUCAUUUUGAUAGUUUUUUGUGCCUUCUGGUAUUCAGUUAAGCUCCCCCCAUUAUCCCCUUAUUGUUGGCAUAUAACUGCGUUUUCUUUCCAGUGGUCUUCCUUGUCCUCCCCUUACUUCUUUAUUGGGAACUUGCAGAUUACUUCGCUGUUUCACGGAAUGGACUUUGUGACCCUGAACUCUUUUAUUCAGUCUAUGUCAGCCUGCCUUUGAGUCUAUCUGCGUCCCACCUGCGAAACAUGAGAGUGGUGCUUCAUUAGUUCUGAUGGUGCUUCAUUAGUAGUAUCGUUUGUCACACAUUAAUAAACUAUUUUAUGCCAUAGAUGGAUAUAGAUAUAUAUGGAUACAGUGCUAC